GAAGAACGACCAGUCGAAUACGGCCAAAGUGACUCCUUGGCGGCGCUAUUAGAAUUUAUCUCUAACACUGACGUGAUAGAUAGUACAGUGUAAACGUCUGAUUGCAAAAUUGAAAUCAUUAAGGUAUACUUUUCUCGAUUAAAUGACAGAUAACUAUGUAGACAUCCUGUAUCGAUGGAUUUAUCAACAACAGCAUAAUGAGGAUAGAUCAAAGUGCAGACUACAAAUCUUAGACAGUAAAAGGCCAUCUUCAUCCUUGUAGUUGUCAAAAUAAACUUUCAAAAUGUCGAAGAAAGGUUUAUUCUCACUGAUUAUUGGACUAUGUGUUGGGUUUUGCUCAGUUUUUGUUUAUGAACGUUUCUUGGAUAUUGUAAAUCAGAUGAAUCGGAUUUCCUCCAUUACUUCUAAUUAUAAUUCCAAACGACCAUCUGGCAUUCAUAAUAUUGGUUACCCUACAAAGCAGAAUGUUCUUUCUAUUGAUUAUUCCAUUGAUGGAACCAGCUACUUCUUUCAGACCAGCGAUCAUAAUGAUAAGCCUGAUAAUGGCCUCAGUGAAUUAGGAAUGCCAGAGUUGGAUCCAGAAUUAGAUACCUCGUUUGUAAAUUAUUUAAAAAGAAAUGAUUUUGACCCACGAUUAAAUGCAAGUGCAUUAAAUUCCAAAAUUCGGGUUUUCUGUUUUUCCAUCACGCCGCAGAAUCAACUCCACUCUGCCGAGAACCAGCAGAAAACUUGGGGAAAGCAUUGCGAUAAAUUUGUGAUUUUAAGUUCCAGAAAAAUAAGCAAGGGUGACAUAAUAGGGAUUGAUCUAGCUGAUGGGGCAAAUCACGCAUGGAGCCGGUUAAAGUCCAGUCUUCAAUGGAUUAUGGGACAAGAAAUCAACAAUUAUGAUUGGAUUGUUAAAGUGGAAUACGAUACAUAUCUUGUUGUAGAGAACUUAAAAUACAUGCUUAUCUUACACAGUACUAGUAUUAAAAGUUAUGUAGGCCAAGUUUUUAGCGGUAAAAAGGAUAGAGGUUCGACGAUAGCAUUAAGUCGGGCAGGCAUAAAGAAAUUAAGCCCAGUUAUUAAGAAUUGCGGCCCAGAGAGUGGUGGUAAAAUUGAUGAUAUGGAAUUACAAAAUUGCUUUAACCAGGUGAAUGUAUAUCGGCAAGAAGACGGACGGGAUUAUACCGGUGAAAAUCGUUUUCAGUUGCUGAUACCAAACCAUGAGGUACCAGUAACCAGUGCAAAGUUUGUUGUGUGGUAUUGGAGGUUCAUCAAGCAACCAAGUCACAAGCUUCCUGAAUGCUGUUCUGAAUACGCUGUCUCUUACAUGUAUGCAUCACCCAACAACAUGUACCUAUUGGAAUAUAUGGUGUACCACAUGAGACCAUAUGGCAUCGGUUACUACAACUGCCCAGCUACUAACAAUGUAUUAUGAAAGUCUUUAAAAAAAAAUAUCUGUUAGCUCCUUUUGAGGCCAUGGCAUUGGUUAAGGCUGGUUUCUAUAAAGUUCUCUAAUUCAGUGGUGUAGCAAUUUUAUGGAAACUCUAUACAACAAAUAUUUUUACUGUAAAAGUAUUAUAACACAUUCUUCAUAUGAAACCACCAGAGCCACCAUAAGUUCACUUGUGUAAAUGUCUUUCGAAGUGCCUGAAUUACAUUAACAAAGCUAAAAGUGAUUUCCUGAAUUUUACUUUAUUGUCUAUAAUGUUAAUACUAACUAUUGAAAAUUUUUUUCUGGCAAAAGUCGAACCUUAAGCCCCUUACUAUAAGCAUGGAGGUAUUAUUGAGAAGGAGAUCACUCGAAAAAGCUAGGUGCACGCAGCGCUAUGCAAAUGAACCAAGUUCAAAGCUGCCGCAGCGCAUGAAGUACGUUUGCGCGAUGCCUUGGAAGUC